AGAUGAAAGUCUAGCACAUACAUAUGAUGAGCAGUUGUACAAGAAAAUCUACAAUCCAGCAAAGCGAUUCUUACAUUUUAGAGCACGCAAAGGGAAGAUUGUUGAAAUAGCUGAUGGUGUAACCACAAUGGUAACAGAUAGCAGCGACACUGAGCUAGACAGUGAAGAUGAUGAGGAAUUUAUGAAACUGUACGUGAGAAUAGAAGAAGCCGUGGACUGCAUAAAUAGUUUGCGAAAUUUUUGUCUAAACUCAUCCGUGAUGAAUGAUAUGUUCCCUCGAGAGAUUAUCGUGCCUGCAUUUUCGAGCUUGACUAAAGAGUGGAAUCCGUUCAAGAAUAAGCGAAGACGACAUCCUCAUGGCCUUUUGGAAUUCAUUUCAUUCUACUCGUUUGAAGAAGCUGGUCCAUUCAAGAAAAUUAUGAUUGAGGUUUUCGAAAAGUAUAAACAUAGUAUUGAUUUUGAAAAUAAGGACUCGUUCUGGUUUAGCAAGUCGUCGCCCAACCGCGAAGAUUUAACUAGAUUAGACGACUGGAUGAGGGUGUUUAAAAUAUAUUUGCCCGAUCAAGCAAAAUCAUUAUAUUCAGUAUUUGCAAGAUCGGCCGUGUCAUAUCUUGAAACUAUAGACUUUACGAAGUUGGACAAGGCAAAACAUAAAAUUGAAUGCUAUCAAAAUGUAGCCAAAAUCUUAACCAAAUCAGACCAUGCAAAACUAGUCCAAUUUAAGAUACUCAAUCCAUGGAUCCACACAUUAAUUGAUUUGCACAGCACCAACACUGAAUCCGUUCCAUCAUUCUAUUCGUUCUGGUAUACUUAUUUCUCCAAGGAUCGUACCGAUACGGUGCGCUGGUACUUGAACAAGGCCAUACUUCUCAUCCAGUCUGACUUUCCAGAUACGCCCCUUCCAAACUACAAUGGACAUGCUAAUGCAACAUACACACAACUCUUUCUUGAAUCGACACAGGUCAAUGUGCAAGGGGUGCUGUCAUACCAACUCCACACGUCAUUCAAGGACGUGGUUGAACAAUAUUGUCUCAAUAACGGCAUCCUCAUGAAACUAUCCAACUUGCGCCACCUUAGAAAUAUGCGGCAAUUGUAUAAUCUCACCAAUGGGAAAGGAGGGAAAGCGUGGGCAUAUAUUGAAGAUGAUGUGCUUUGGAUUACUAAUGACGAAGAUUUUGAAUAUGUCGAGUAUGAGCCGGUUGCGUUAGAGGAUAUUGAGAGUUAUUUGUAGUGGCAUUUGGUAGUGCGGGAUAGCUGUAUAG